GGUAGCUAUCUAUGGGAUUUUACUUAUGUUGACCUUGAGGAUACGUGGAGUAAGAUACAUCAUUAUUUAUCACUUCCUCAGCGUGGUCAAACUUUAAAGUAUUCCGUCUCAGGAUUUACGGCUCCAAUUAGGGUAUAAAAAUUUUCUUAUAUUUAUAUUGUUUUAUUGUUAUCUUUUUUAUUUUAAUUUUAACUUUUAUUACUGUUAUUGUACAAAAUUGUAGAUAUGGAUAUAUGAGAUGAUUCCGGCUGUUCGUGCAUGUGGAUUUGCAUUGAGAAAAAAUAAAGACUUGCCUCGGAUGAAAAGAUGGAGCGGAACAAAAAAAUUGAAAUGGGUUGACGUGAACAAGAUUUGGUCAAAGAUGCAGGAGGGGCUACCACCAAGACAAAACAUGUUACCGGGUGAUGGUGAGAUGACAUCUUUUUAUUAUAUGUCAUUUCAAGAGUAUGUAUAUGGUGAAGGGAAAGCAGUUCCAUCCCCAGUACGAGACCAUUUUAGGAGACAAGACGAAUCUUCGUCUAGUAUGUCGUCCAGUGGUCGCUCUCAUGGUAGAGGUCGGGGCAGUGGGAAACACAAGCUAGACGAGUUGUUGAAACGGGUACAUGCACUGGAGCAGCAUGUGUUUAUGAAUCAACAAAAACCUACAUAG